AUGCUGCGCCCUCGAAUCGAUCCGAGGAUCUACCGUUCCAAGACACCCAACUUCCGUCAACUGGCGAUCAAGUAUUCCUCGACGUUUGGCGUUUUCGUCAAGGACGAAGGCGGGUACGAAGCCAAGAUCGACUUUCACGAUGCCGACGCGGUUCGGUGUCUAGCACAGACUCUGCUGCUGGACGAUUUUGGUAUACGUGCUACGUUGUCACCCAGCAACCUGUGCCCGAUGAUCCCCAACCGGCUAGCGUACAUCUCGCUCAUCCACGAGCUGCUCUCGUGGACUCUACCCACUUGGCAUCUGCUGCACCAUUUCCAGCGCUGCCCGCUCGACGCUACGGUGAGAGGGCUGGAUAUCGGAACGGGGGCGUCUGCGAUCUAUCCGGUGCUGGGUGCUGCUUGUUUUGCGGCUUGGCGGUUUGUGGGUACAGACAUUGACGAGGGGAGUUUGGAGUAUGCGAGGCAGCAUGUAGUGGAUUGCGCCGCAGAUGAGGUGAAAGGCAGGAUUGCGCUGCUUCGUGUGGGUGAGGAUGAAGCGUUCGUGUCUGGGCAAGAGACGGGAGGGCUCGACUUUACAAUGUGCAAUCCGCCAUUCUACUCGAGUAGGCAAGAGAUGGACGAGCUGGCUCGGUUCAAGAAGCAGCCUGCGAAUGCGGUCUGUCACGGCACACCCUCCGAAAUGAUCGUCUCUGGCGGCGAGGUAUGUUUCGUCCAGCGCAUGAUCCAAGAAAGUCUUGCUGCACGGAAGAAAGUCUUAUGGUGGACUUGCAUGCUCGGCAAGCUAUCGAGCGUCGUCACGCUGUCCGGAGAGCUCAAGCAGCUGGGCAAAGAGGGUAAAGUGGCAGGGUGGGUUGUACACGAGCUGAGCACGGGUGGAGGAAGGACCAAGCGAUGGGUGAUUAUGUGGACCGCUGCUGCUGCGACAGCGUUGCGUAUUCCUGAUACGCUGAGUCGGGACGGCCUGCCGGGCACGCUCGAGAAGACCAAACCGGUUUCGGCGGAGAGGUGCGGGAACGUGCUGAAGCUGGGAUCCGACUGGACGAGGAAGGAGCUGCUAGCAGUGACGACUCGCAUUCUCAACGAGUUGGAAGGCUGCUCCAUCUAUCCCUCAGCAUAUCAACAGCUCCAAGGUGGACACGCAAGAAGCACGCACACGGCGCUGACUGCCGACACGGGCACGAUCGACGUGAUAGUGACACGAGAGAGCUGGACACGCAAAGCUCGACGCGCCAAGCUACAGACCACCGAUACAACACCUGCAUCCAACCCUCGAGCAUCGAUUGCAGGGCCUCUUCUGAUGGCACGAAUCUCGUUCCGUGAAAGCCAGACAAAUCGCAGCGAAGAAUCUGGGGAAACAGGAGGUCUUGUUGUCAAGGUGAGCUGGACAUAUGGCAUGGACGCGGUCAAGUUUGAGUCAUUCGCCAUGUUCUUGCUAGCUGCCGUGGAAAGGAGGGUGGUCGAAGAUUCACCGACGCCAUCUCAAUGA